AUGGCGUCUCUAACGCCUUCAACACCACACAACGUCACCAACGUCCUCAACACAUCACAGCGUCUCCAACGCUCCCAACACCACUCGGUGUCUCCAACGCCCUUAGAACCUCACGGCGUCAGUAGUGUGGUUGAGGACUACGGCGACGCGCGCGGCACCUGCCAGGUGUCAGUCACCUUCAGCCCUCAACACCACACGGCGUCUCCAACACCCUCAACACCAAAGGACGUUUUCAACGCCCUCAACACCACUAACCGUCUCCAACGCCCUGAAUGCCACACAAAGUCUCCAACGCCCCCAACACCUCCCGGUGUCUCCAACGCCCUUAACACCACAUGGCGUCUCCUACACUCUCAACACCACACGGCGUCUGCAACGCCCGCAACACCACUUGGCCUCUUCAACGCUCUCAACACCACUCGGUGUCUCCAACGCCCUCAACGCCACACGACGUCUCCUACGAUUCAAACACCACCCUGCGUGUCCAACGCCCUCAACACCACACGGCUACUCCAACGCCCUAAACACCACACGGCGUCCCCAACGCCCUCAACACCACACAACGUCCACCACCUUCAAAGUCACUCGCCGUCUCCAACGCCCUUAACACCACACGGCAUCCCCAAAGCCCUCAACAUCAAUCAGCGUCUCCAACGCCCUGUUCACCUCUCGGCGACUCCAACGACCUCAACACCAUACGGCGUCUCCAACACCCUCCACACCACAGGGCGUCUCCAACGCCCUCAAUGCCACUUACCGUCUCUAACGCCCUCAACACCACACAACGUCUCCAAAGCCCCCAACAACACUCGGAGUCUCCAACGCCCUCAACAUCACUCGGCCUCUCCAACGCCCUGA